AUGCGUACUAAUAGAUCAGUAGAGCAGCUUCAGUUCAUGGUUGUUGGAGGAAUCAAGUUUUUUACACGCCAUCCUACGCAACCAGUUUGUACUCAUCUUUCGCUUGAGCAGCAUCAUUUUUCCCACCGUUUGGUGGGUUCAGAAUUCGACGUGAUGGGUCUUCCAAGGUCUAAGACGCUUCUUGUUUUAUAUUUAGCCCUAGCAAAUUGCGACACCGUCUACGAUCAUUGCGGAAGAAAUCUCGAAUUAGAUGGCGUGGAAGAGAUCCGCCGAGUUGUGGCACCCUCCCGCUCUGGCGAAGACAUCCAUGGAACAUGGCCCUGGAUGGUGACAUCUGGCUUUGAGAAAUCGACCGGCGAAUGGUCCCAUCAAUGCGGAGGUGCCCUUAUAUCUCCAUCACACGUGUUGACGGCGGCACAUUGUGUUGUGGAAUAUCCCGACCUUGUUCUGCGAUUUGGUGACAAGUCUCUCACAUCGACAAAGGAUGAUGGGGCAGUGCAAAUCCGUAAGAAGUACAACAUUCAUAUCCAUCCCAAAUUUCGAGAGGGAGGACGGGUUACGGUAUAUUUUGACGUGGCCAUUUGGGAGCUCGAGGAACCGUUGGUGUUCAACUCUUUCAUUCGAUCCGUGUGUCUCCCUGAUGGUCCAAGUACGGAUAUUAGUCAAUACGAUGGGCAGCUCACCACCCUCACUGGAUGGGGCGUUUUUACGCCCGGACAAGUCACUACUUCUGAUGAGCUUAGAAAAACCAAUGUGGAGAUCUAUCCCCAAAGUCAUUGUAAUGACACCCAUGAGGAGGCUCUUUUGAAUCGACCAGAUUUGAGGAACAAAAUAUCCACUGGACUCCCAGAGCUGUUUCAAAACAACGUCCUUUGUGCCGGUAAUUUUGGAGGCGGGGGUGGAUCAUGCUAUGGGGACUCUGGUAGCCCUCUUCUGAAACUCUGCACCUAUGGAUGUGAUUAUAAAAAGUACUUUCUCAUUGGUAUCGUCCAAGGGGGUGUGGACAUUUGUGGAAGCAAGAGGAUUCCGUCCAUUUAUUCGAGGAUUGACGAUCCCGAUGUGUUUUCUUUCGUUAAAGAUGUCUUAAACGGCGACUCCAUUCCAAGUGGAACAACAAUAGACCCAAAGCCAUCAAUCAAGUCUUUGAAUGCUACAAUCUUGCCCAUUUUAAAAGAGACACUGAAGGAAAAACUUUUAGCUCAUGAAUUGGGUUCUGAGACGGUAGGACUGGUGCUUGAAAUCACUGAUCUAAUAAUCGGAUUACACGAGGAAAUCGACCAAGAUAUGGAUGGAAAAGGCACCACUCUCAUGAUGAUUUCUUGCAAGUUGGCCUUAAGGGAAAACGUGGACCGAUUGCUCAAAUUGAAGGCCGAUCCCAAAAGGCAAAACAUUGACGGCCAGUCAGCCUUGCAUUGGGCCGCCAAGCGAAAUCUGGUGGACAUCUUGAAGCUCCUUUUGGCUGCAGGUGCUGAUCCUGAAGUCUUUGAUAACUCUGAAAAUUUGCCCAUCCAUCUGGCGAUCAAAAUGGGUCAUGUGGAAUCAAUGAAAAUAUUGGCCACCGCAAAGUCCACCCUCAACUUGGUCGAUGACCUUGGUCGGACUCCCCUUCUUGAGGCCCUUACGACUGAUAUUCCCGUAGAGAAUGCCAAAGAAAUGGUUCAGGUCCUUCUAAGACAAAGAGUCAAUCUGAAUACCGUGGACCGAGAGGAACACUCGGCAAUCUUUUAUGCCUGCUCCGACAAAUAUUUGGAAAUUUUUCAAUUACUAAUAUUGCGGGGAGUAAACGUCGACACUUUGGGCCCCCAGGGUCGAUCUUGCCUCCAACAAUCCUAUAUGAACAAUCAAACUUUGACCUUCGAUUUCCUUUUGGACAACACUAAUGCUGCUUUGGACCUAGCUGAUGCCAACGGGGCGACUAUUCAUCACCACGUGUCUUUCAACGGCGAUCUGGCCAGUUUGGAACGGAUCCUGGCUAAAGGUUUUCCUGUGGACUUAAACGUACCCGAUGACAAUGGAGAAACUGCCAUCUUUAAUGUAGCUCGGAACGGAAAUCUACCUUUUAUCAUGAAAUUGGUGGAACACGGAGCAGAUGUGAAUCAUCAGCGAGUGGACGGGAGUACCAUCUUGAGUCUGGCUGCUCGAUAUGGUCAUUUGGAAGUGGUUGAAUAUCUUAUGAAGAUUCAAACACUUGACACGACAAUUCAGUCCAAUUAUGGCGAUACACCUCUUAUGAUGGCCGUGAAAGCGAAUCAAUUGCAAGCAGUGCAACUCAUUCUCGAUCAUGAUCCAAAAUCCAUUGAAAUCCCGAGUAAAGAUGGCAUCACUCCGCUUGUUUAUGCUGCUCAAAAUGGUUAUGCAUCAAUUGCUACUGUAUUGGCACACAAAAGCGCCGAAAUUGAGGGACGAUCAUCAUCAUCUUAAGUCCAAAAACUGAGAUCGACUUUGAAACCUGGUCGUGAUUCUUGUUAUAGAAGAUAAAUCUUCUAAAUUAAAGUUUUUGGGACCGCUUUUCGUCUUACCAAUUCAUUGCAAGUACCACUCCGAUCAUAUGUGAAAUGAAAUAAAAUACCGAUAUCGAAG